AUGGGUACCUGCGCCUGCGCGGGCUUCGAAGAUUCCUUCGAGCAGUUCUUAGAAUGCUGCAGCGCCUCCAAGGGCGUAGAUGCUGAUGCUGAAGCCGUAGAUCAAAAUGGCCAGAUCAGCUUCUACUUGAAGGGUCGACCCGAAGCGCUUCAGCGUCCCUUGUGGUUGAUGGCGGCGUCCAUGAACGCAGGCGACGAACCGAUCCACCUGGAAGGCGACGACUGGAUCCCGCGCCAGGGCCGUAGACGCGCCGGGGACGGCGGCGAUGGCAGCAGCUGCUACGAUCUCAUCGUGGUGGCGGUGCAGGAAGCGAUCCUAGGUGGCCCCGUGCGCUUGCCGCGUGUGAACAGCAACGGAGGCGAGUUGCCACCCAGACAUUGUAACGAGCUGUUGGCGGCGUUCCUGGAACACCUGGGGCAGGACUACCGUGUGGUGACGCUGCUGUCGCGUGGCGCCAUGGUUCUCUUGGUCUUCGCCUGGCGUUUCGGGCCGCCGCUGCAUGACAUCGAGACGGCGGCGGAGAACACGGGGCUGGCGCACGUCUUUCCCAACAAGGGUGGACUAUUGGCCAAGCUCGAGGUGGGUGGCACCUCCCUGUGCUUCGUGGCCGCCCACCUGGCAGCGCACAGCGACCACGUGCAGCGCCGCAACGCGGACGUGACGGAGAUCCUCAGCGGGACAAAGGUGUCCGGAAUGGAGUUGGACGCGCCCUCGUACUGCCAUCAUAGUUUCUUUUUUGGCGACUUGAAUUAUCGCCUGGAGCUUCGCCCAGAGAUGCGAACAUCGCCCCGUGAAGCCCGCGAAACGGAUGAACUGUUGGAGGACGACGCAGACGUGGACCUCAUUCUGCAGUUGAUCGACGCCGGGGACUUCCAAAGCUUGUUGCAAUACGACCAGCUCCACGUCGAAAUGGCGGCGGGUCGAGUGCUGCACGGAUUCAGCAGUGCACUUCCAACCUGGCCUCCUACGUAUCGCGUCUUGAAAGGCGAACGUGGCUUCCACUUCGACACAAAGCGUGUGCCGUCCUACUGCGACCGCGUGCUGCGUCGCAGCUUGCCCGGGUGCCAGCAGCAGCUCCAGCUGCGCAGCUUCCAUGCCGCGCCGGAGGUCUGCACUUCGGAUCACAAACCCAUCUCCAGUACCUGGACUUUCAUGGCUGCACCGGUCUUCCAGAUCCCCACCAGCCCUGCGACCAAGGGCGCGUGGCUGCGCCUGAGCAGCAUCUGCUGCCGCGGCGUUUGUGAAGAGGGGCCCAUCCAGCUGCGCUGUCGAUCCACGCCGAAAGUCAUGGAGGAGGUGGUAGUGGAAAACACCUCCAACGCUGGCGGCAACAUCACUUGGGGAGGAAUCACGUUGGAUCUCAAGGUCUCCAAAGCUAACCUGGACGCGGUUCAUCUCCUCCUGGAGCUUUGGUCCUCCGCCUUCUUGGGCGUGGCGGCGCUGCACUGCGCCGUGCCGCUCCAAAGCAGCGCCGCGAACCGCUUCGAGGCGCCGGUGAUCUGCUACGGCGAAUUGCGGGGUCAUCUGAGUGGUUUCCUGACCGAUGUAUCACCUAGUCGUCCCAUUCCUGUUAGCUCUGUAGGGGCCAAUGGCGCGAGAAAAGUUGGGGGCGAUGAGAUAGGGAUCACUUUUGCCAUGACGGGGUCAGAGGAGUUGGUGGCGCAGAUUAAAGCUGCGUUAUCCAAAAGCUUUGGAAUCCCACAGAGUGAUAUCUUCGUUUCCGUGGCCACACAGAUCCCAGGGCAGCGGCGGUUGCAGGCCGACGACAGCGACCAGACAGACUUCCGCAUCGCCCUGUCCCUUUCACCCGGGGAGGCCUCCCGGGUGUUGGCGGAGAUGGCUGGAGGUGUCAGUGUGUUCGAUUUGAAGAUGGAAAUUACAGAUGUGGCAGUUGAAACUCGUGCAGCAUCUGUUCGCACGGUGAGGAGCGAUGUGACUUCGACCGCUGCAACGGCGAGAGUGCUGGCAGAGGAUUCAGAUGGAUCGCCAUCCACGAACUCGAGCCUUGCAUGGUGUAGGCGCAGCUAUCGCCAAGUGACAGACUUGAACAUCACAGUUCCCACGGAAACAGCGCUGGAAGAUUUUACUCAUUUCGUCAUCUACACAGCAUCAACCUUGGUGGAACAAUCCACUCCCGUGGAGCACCUGAUCUUCGAUGCCACCGCCACGGUGGGUGGCAUCGGCUUCAUUGAUGAUGACUUGGAUCCUUUCGAGUUCGGCGGCAAUGUCACGUGGCAGGAACCGCUGGAUGCCAGCCGCGUGCAGGACUACCUCCUUUACUUUGCAGAAGAUGCUGCCGGCGCCAACCGAAGCAGCGUGGGAAGCAUUGUCCCAGUAGGCACGAACCGCAUCCUGCUAGCAGCAGAUAUUCAGCAGCAAGCGCACGAUCACUUGGUGAUCUACACCCGUUCCUUCCUGGUGGAGCAGACCACUCCGGCUUUCUUCGCCCUGUCGGACACGCACUCCAUCGCUUCAGACAUCGUCUUCGAGGACCUGGACCUGGACUACACAGAUUUGGGCGGCAACAUCUCCUGGCUCUUCCCGGUGGAAGCGCAACAGGUCACGGAAUACUACAUCUACCUGGGCGACAGUCCUGAGCCAGCGAAGAUCUUGGGAGAGAAUGGCAAUUUCCCUUGGACAGGUCGCUCACAGUUGGGCGUAGUGCCGUACUACAAUUCCGAUCUCUUCGUGCCCUCCGAGACGCCACGCAACGGCUAUGGCUACGUCUUGGUCUAUGCAUCCUCAGCUCUCGCAGAGCAGACAACUCCAGCAGUUCAUGUGAUCCACGACGCCAAUGCGAGCGUAUCCAACGUCGACUUUGUGGGAAAGGAUCUGGAUUUGGAGGACCUGGGAGGGUACGUGUCCUGGAUCGAGCCGACAGCCGAUUUGGAUCGAGUCAUGGCCUAUUCCGUCUAUUUAUCACUGGAUGCUGUGGGCACCGGGCGAUCAAAGAUUGAACAGGAUGUACUGGUGGGCUCAACUCAGUUGCUGGUGCCUGCGGAAACACCACGGCAGACUUUCACGUACUUUGUGGUCUACACCAGGUCUACUUUGGUGGAGCAGAGUACUCCAGUGAGCCACGUCUUGUUCGACACCAGCGCGCUUCCACGAAACCUGGAUUUCCUGGACAUAGAUGUGGAUCGAAACGAAAUGGGUGGAAAUCUCACCUGGGAGGCACCCAGUGAUCCAACCCACGUCGUUGAGUACGUGAUCUACUUGGGUGAGAAUGCUUAUGGCAAGGACCGAUCGCUGCUGGGAAACGUUUCGGAGUCCACCUUUGAGUUUUUUGUUCCACUGGACACCUUGAUUGACAACUUUACCCACCUGCUAGUGUAUUCCAAGUCAGACCUGGCGGAGAUGACGACGCCUGCUGCGCUGCUGAUUAAGGAUUCAGUGGCAGAGGUGGACAACAUCACUCUCUUCGAUCGGGACUUGGACAAAGAUGAAGUCGGCGGAGAAAUCACCUGGGAUCCGCCUACGGAAGAGAGAAUCGUGGACAAGUACCGGGUCUUCUUCCAGGUGGACCCCGCGGGGAGCGAGAAAUCCCAGGUGGACACGGAUCAGCCACCAGGAUCUCUCACUGUGUCGUUCCCUGAAGACACCAACAUCACGGGCAUGGAGUACAUUGGUAUCUUCAUCACCGCCUUUGGUAUCGAGCAGCAAACACCCUCCGUAGCGCCCAUUGUGGAAACGAUCUCCUCGGUGGGCUUCGUGGCCUUCACGGACAAAGACCUGGACAAUCUGCAGAUCGGAGGGACCAUCUACUGGGGACCUCCACCGGAGAUCACCUACAACCAGGACUAUGUGGUCUACUAUGCCCAGAGUGCCACCGGCGAUGCCCGUUUGGUCGCAGGUGUGGUCCCCUUGGGGACCAACUCCUUGACGAUUCCGCUGGACACCUACCACAAUCAGUUCACUCACUUCGUGGUCUACACGAGAUCAGUGGCCUAUGAGCAGACCACACCUGUAGGUGUCGAGAUCUACGACCACGACGGAUUGGUGACCAACUUGUAUUUCAGCGGCUUGGACGAGUCAACUGCGAUCAAGCGAUCCCAGUCAGGUGACACGGACUUGGAUUUGAACAUGAUUGGAGGGGUUCUGCAAUGGACCUUACCAUCCGACACCUCCGGGGUUUUGCAGUACAACGUGUACCUCACGUUCACAUCGAAUCCUUGGGAUCCCUACUUCCGUCGCGAUGCCCUGGAGCUUGCCUUGUCCCCCACGCUGACGCAAGCGACGGUGCCGGUGGGCACGUCCAAGCUAAGUGGCGACGGCAUCGAGGAAGUAACCUGUAGCUUCACCGCGGCCGACACGGUGCGAUAUUUCCAGUGGCAGCGGGGGGGCAAGGAGUUGAGAUUUUGA